AUGCGACGAGGUCUCGGAUUUACGGGAACAUGCUGGUGCAAACAGCGAGUCCUUCAGUUCCGGCCGUACCUGUCCCUGGACGAAGCCAUGAAGGUUCUGGACGCCGACACUGGGGCCCUUGCGGACUGCACCGUGAAGCCUCACAUUGUUGUGGCAGCUGGAACAGUGCUGCAAUGCUACGAAGACACGAAGCUGCUUCUUCCCGGAGGCUGUGAUAACGUCAUACGCGCCUGGUUUGGGGAUCCAGAAUUUCCCUGGCAAGAAGAGAGUGGCAAGGGAGCCGUAUGUACGGAUGCGGUGAAGCAGAUCCUUCGCGCAAAUCGGCCGCUAUUUACCUCCUGUGCUUGCCUGGGAUGUGAUCCGGUCCCCGGAGUAUGGAAGCAGUUCAGAGUCGAGCUUAUGACGCUGGACGGCUUCAGCGCUGAAGAGCCUCAUUACCCGAAGCUCUAUACAUCUGUGGAGGAGGUGCCCUCCAACCCAAGCUGGAUUGCCUUUGUGCGCCAUGCCCAGGCAGGUCACAACGCUGACCACGCCUUGGUCAACAACCCAGACAACCCUCUGACAGAGGCCGGCAUCGCGCAAGCGCUGAAGGCAAAGGAAGGUCCAGCUGGUGAGGCUGUUCGCGGCGCGCAGGUUGUGGUGACGAGCCCCCUGACGCGAGCUAUGCAAACAGCGGGGCUGCUGAUGGGAGGUGGAGGCCUUGCAGAGGUGGAUCCUGGCAUCAGCGAGCGUUGGAGUGCCCCCUGUGACGAGGGGACGGUGAAAUCGGAGCUGGUCAAUGCGAGACAUCCGGGCCUCGAGGAGAUCUCCGCAUGGAAGGGUUUCCAGGAGCUCGAAGAGGUUUGGUGGCCACAGCCUGGCGAGGACCAAUGGGGCCGGGCGGAGGCCUUCCUCGCACGCGCCCGCGAGAGGUCAGAGGAGCGCAUUGUGUUCGUCGGACAUGGUGGCUUCUGGGAAAGGGUCCUCGGCCGUUAUCUGUCCAACUGUGAGGUGGUCUUCUGUGAUCGCUCUCUGACCUGA